UGCUUUGGUUAUUGGACCGGUUGAGUUUACGAUCACCUUUCAAGUAAUAGACAUGGAUACUUCCUACAACCUGCUUUUAGGAAGACCAUGGAUCCACACGGCCAGAGCCAUACCCUCUACUUUGCAUUAAGUAGUUAAGUUUGAACACGACAAUCAGGAAAUCAUUGUACAUGGAGAGGAUGACCUUCCCAUACAUCGAGAUCCUUCUGUACCCUGUAUCGAAACAAAAGGGGGUUGUGAAUCUUCCAUAUAUCAAGCCUUUGAAAUUGUGACAGCUGAUCAAGUCGUGGAAGGCACGCCGAUUCCGGGGCCUCAUCUCUCUUCUACUUCAAUCAUGGUGGCUAGCCAAAUGCUACAAAAUGGUUAUGAACCGGGAAAAGGAUUAGGGGUUUCGCUGCAAGGAAUUAUAAACCCCGUAGAUCCAUGUGGUAGCCGUGACUCCUUUGGCUUAGGCUUUAAGCCUACCGCGGUAGAUAGAAAAUGGGCAAAAGAGCAGAAGAAGAAGGAUUGGAAAUUGACAAGUCCGGUUCCACACAUCAGCCAAUCUUUCAUGAAAGCUCAAAAGAAAGAAAAUCAAUACCCAUAUUCUAACAAGGAUGUGGAUGAAAUAUGUCAAGGUCUCAAGGAAAUGUUUCAUGAAGUAAACAUGAUUCAGAUGGGUGAAGGCCCUAGCCAUACAGAUGUGCAGUUCGUUGGGCCAAAUAUCAAGCUCACUAACUGGGAAGCCACUCCUCUCCCCACAAGGAAGGAGUCUUGUUAUGUUAAUACUGGCUCCAAUAACAUGGCAUGUACGUGGAGUUCACAUUUAGACCCUAAAAAGUUGUCUAAUCUCGAAUCAGCAAACCAAACGGUAGAUGAAUACGAUGAAG